ACAUCAUGAGUGGUUGGAAACCCAAAAAAGAAAACGCGGUUUCAGUUUCCUUUGUUAUUAUUAUUCUCUUUGAUUUGACUAUGACCUUUCACAUUCAAAAUCAAAACCAAUAAACCAUCACCACCUUCGUCAAUUGCAAAACCAAAAACCACAGCAUGGGUUGUAUAGCUAGCAAAAACGCCGAAACCAAAGCCAGUAGAAUCUCACGCUGGCGAUCCACUGGCAUUGUUGCUUUGCGUGAUUCCAAAUUGAAGACUUUUCCAGAUGAAAUCAUUGAUUUAGACAGAUCUGUACGCACUCUUGACUUAACACAUAAUCGAAUCGUUGACAUCCCCGUGGAAAUUAGCAAAUUGAUUAAUGUGCAGCGCCUGAUAUUAGCGGACAACCUCAUUGAUAGACUUCCAGUGAACUUGGGGAAACUCCAAUCUCUUAAACUUGUGAACCUUGAUGGAAAUCGAAUUUCUUCCUUGCCAGAUGAAUUGGGGCAGUUAGUAAGGCUUGAACGCUUAUCCAUCGCAGGGAAUUUGUUAACAUCCUUGCCGGCAACGAUUGGCAGUUUGAGAAACCUGUUGAUUUUAAACAUCUCAAAUAACAAGUUACAUUCUCUUCCGGAAUCUGUUGGGAGUUGCUUCUCUUUGGAAGAAUUACAGGCCAAUGAUAAUCUUAUUGAAGAUCUUCCUUCGUCAGUUUGCAAUCUCUCUCACUUGAAGUCACUUUGCUUAGACAACAAUAAUGUUAAGCAGAUACCUAUGAAUCUAUUGAAAGAUUGCAAAGCUCUUCAAAACCUAUCACUGCAUGGUAAUCCUAUAUCAAUGGAUCAAUUUCAACAGAUGGACGGGUUUCAAGAGUUUGAAGCAAGAAGGAAAAAGAAAUUUGACAAACAAAUCGAUUCAAAUGUAAUGAUUGGUUCCAAAGGUCUUGAUGAGGGUGUCGAUCUAUGAAAUCGUCUCGAAUUUUCUGGAACCGCUUGUGAUAUAUGAUUUUCAGUGGUACAUUUUGAUGAACUUUGGUUGAAGCAUUGUACAUUUUGCCUGCAAAUAUGUUAGAUUAUAGAUGGAAUCAAUGUCCAAACAAUAGUCCAGAGAUUUCAUAUACAUGAUUUGUUGCUAUUUUGUCAACAAUGAAAAGGGUGUUAUAUGCAUUGGCAGUUGUAAAUCAAGACUAGUUUUGGUGUAAUAUGGGAGAUACUGCAUUCUCUACUCCUUAAAUUAUAAGUCAAUAAUAGAAAUUGUGUUCCUUUGUUGUUA